GAACGAAACUGUUGAGCUUUUUCGCUCUAGGAUGCCAUUACGGAAACAUCGUUGUCGUUUCAAAAGUUACGAACAUUGCUUCACAGCGGCUGAAGCUGUGGACUGGCUACAUGACCUGCUGAGGUACAAUCAGAACUUUGGCCCUGAAGUGACCCGCAAACAAACAGUGCAGCUGCUAAAAAAAUUCCUGAAGAAUCAUGUUAUCGAAGAUAUCAAGGGCAAAUGGGGUCAGGAAGAUUUUGAAGACAACGGUCACUUGUACAGAUUUCCUCCUUCCUCACCCUUGAAACCAUAUCCAAAGAGGCCCCCAUACCAAAAGGCUGCUAUUAAAUUUCCAGAAUGGAAUGACCCCCCACCAGGCAUGUUACAAGAGAACAUCCCAGUAAGGCCACUUGUGAUGAAUUCUGAGAUGUGGUACAAGCGUCACAGUAUUGCUAUUGGAGAGGUGCCGGCUUGCCGCCUUGUCUACCGCAGACAGCUGACAGAGGCCAAUGUAGAAGAGAUAUGGAAGUCUAUGACAUUAUCACAUUUACAGAAAAUACUUGGCCUAGACUCCUUAGAAGAAGUUUUAGACAUUAAACUUGUCAAGUCCAAGUUCAUCAUACAUAAUGUAUAUAGUGUGAGCAAGCAGGGAGUUGUUAUCCUUGAUGACAAAUCAAAAGAACUUCCUCAUUGGGUACUGUCAGCAAUGAAGUGUUUGGCAAAUUGGCCUAAUUGUUCAGAUUUGGAGCAGCCUAUGUACUUAGGAUUUGAGAAAGAUGUCUUUAAGACCAUAGCAGACUACUAUGGUCACUUGAAAGAGCCUCUGCUUACAUUUCAUCUUUUUGAUGCCUUUGUCAGUGUUUUAGGUUUGUUACAGGAGGAAAAAAUGGCCAUUGAAGCAUUUCAGAUUUGCUGCCUCCUCCUGCCACCUGAAAAUAGGAGGAAGUUACAGCUGUUGAUGAAGAUGAUGACAAGGAUCUGCUCAAAUAAGGAGAUGCCACCACUUUGUGAUGGCCUUGGCACCCGAACACUGAUGAUUCAGACAUUUUCCCGUUGCAUCUUGUGCUCCAAGGAUGAAGUGGACUUGGAUGAGUUAUUAGCUGCUAGGUUGGUAACAUUUCUGAUGGACAAUUACCAAGAUAUUCUGAAAGUCCCUUUGGCCUUGCAGACCUCCAUAGAGGAGCGUGUGGCUCACCUACGAAGAGUGCAGAUAAAAUACCCGGGAGCCGACAUGGAUAUCACUUUAUCUGCUCCAUCAUUUUGUCGUCAAAUUAGUCCAGAGGAAUUUGAAUACCAAAGAGCAUACGGCUCUCAGGAACCUCUGGCAGCUUUGUUGGAGGAGGUCAUAACAGAUGCCAAGCUCUCCAGAAAAGAGAAGAAGAAAAAAUUGAAGCAGUUUCAAAAAUCCUACCCUGAAGUCUACCAAGAACGAUUUCCCACACCAGAAAGUGAAGCACUUCUGUUUCCCGAAAAACCAAAACCAAAACCACAGAUGCUAAUGUGGGCACUAAAAAACCCUUUCCAACCAUUUCAAAGAACUAGAAGUUUUCGGAUGUAAUACUUUCACAGCCAGUGGAGAUCUCAGACGUUGUUUUGAAUAAAUGGAUGGUUAAAGAGGAUGGUGGUGGAAGAAAGAGGAGCAGAAAAUACAGACUACUGAAAUAUAAAUAUGAUCUGACUUCAAAACAUGUUGAGUUGCCCAGCUGGCAUGGCUCAGUGGUUGAGCGUCGACCUAUGAACCAGGAGGUCAUGGUUCAAUCCCCGGUCAGGGCAUAUGCUU